CCAGUACCAGAUGGAGAUGAUGCGUUCUCUACGUCAUGUGAACAUUGACCAUCUUCAUGUGGGCUGGUACCAGUCAACCUAUUAUGGAUCAUUUGUCAGCCGGGCCCUGCUAGACUCUCAGUUCAGCUACCAGCACGCCAUCGAGGAGUCUGUCGUGCUCAUUUACGAUCCCAUUAAGACAGCCCAGGGCUCCCUGUCCCUGAAGGCUUACAGGUUAACACCCAAACUGAUGGAGAUCUGCAAGGAGAAGGACUUCUCAGCUGAGGGAUUGAAGAAGGCCAUGAUUGGUUUUGAGCACAUUUUUGAGGAGGUUCCCAUCGUGAUCAAGAACUCCCAUCUGAUCAACGUUCUGAUGUGGGAGCUAGAGGAGAAGUCAACUGUGGCCGACAAACACGAGCUGCUCAACCUCUCUAGCAGGUACGUGACUUGGUGCUGGAGCCGUCUAUCCUAG